CGAGGUUCCACGUGAGCGCCUGCGUUUCUUCUCCAACCCUACGAUGCCGCCGGAACGGAGGAGCCGCGUGAAAGCGGGUCGGAGACCCGGAGCGAGGCCGGACCGCAGGACCCGCGCGAAGUCGGGAGGGCCGCCCCGAAAGACGGCUCCUUCAUCCCAGCGGAAACCGCCGGCCCCGCCGAGCGCUCCGCCUGCUGAGAUCGCCAUCGCGGCGGCGGAGGAGGAGAGGCGGCUCCGGCAGCGGAACCGCCUGGCGCUGGAGGAGGACCGGCCGGCCGUGGAGCGCUGCCUGGAGGAGCUGGUGUUCGGCGACGUCGAGGACGACGAGGACGCGCUGCUGCGGCGACUGCGGGGCCCGCGGGUUCAUGUACAGGAAGACUUGGAUGACUCAAAAUUGGAGAAUGAAGCAAAAGAUAAUUUUCCAUCUCAAAAGAAACCAGUUUGGGUGGAUGAGGAAGAUGAAGAUGAGGAAAUGGUUGAAAUGAUGAACAAUCGGUUUCGGAAAAAUAUAAUGAAAAAUACCAGUGAAAAUAAGCUUUCAAAGGACAAACUACAAAAGAGACUUAAAGAAGAAUUCCAGCAUGCCAUGGGGGGAGUGCCUGCCUGGGCAGAGACUACAAAGAGGAAAACAUCUUCAGAUGAUGAAAGUGAAGAUGAUGAAGAUGAUUUGUUGCAGAGGACUGGGAAUUUCAUAUCCAGUUCGACUUCUCUUCCAAAGGGAAUCUUGAAGAUGAAGAACUGCCAGCAUGCUAAUGCAGAACGGCCUACUGCUGCCCAGAUCUCAUCUGUGCAGUUCCAUCCUGGUGCGCAGGUGGUGAUGGUUGCUGGACUAGAUAAUGCUGUUUCACUGUUUCAGGUUGAUGGGAAAACAAAUCCUAAGAUCCAGAGCAUCUUUUUAGAAAAGUUUCCAAUCUUUAAGGCUCGUUUUAGUGCCAAUGGGGAAGAGGUUUUGGCCACUAGUACCCACAGCAAGGUUCUUUAUGUCUAUGACAUGCUGGCUGGAAAGUUAAUUCCUGUGCAUCAGGUGAGAGGUUUGAAGGAGAAGAUAGUGAAGUCAUUUGAAGUUGGCCCAGAUGGGUCCUUCCUGCUCAUAAACGGCGUUGCUGGAUAUUUGCACUUGCUGUCAAUGAAGACUAAAGAAUUGAUUGGCAGCAUGAAAAUUAAUGGGCGGGUGGCAGCCUCCACGUUCUCUUCAGACAGUAAGAAAAUAUAUGCCUCUUCAGGGGAUGGGGAAGUUUAUGUUUGGGAUGUCAAUUCUAGAAAGUGCCUUAAUAGAUUUGUUGAUGAAGGCAGUUUAUAUGGAUUAAGCAUUGCCACAUCUCGGAAUGGACAGUAUGUGGCUUGUGGUUCUAAUUGUGGUGUGGUAAACAUAUACAAUCAGGAAUCUUGUAUCCAAGAAACAAACCCAAAACCCAUAAAAGCUAUAAUGAACUUGGUCACAGGUGUUACUUCUCUAACCUUCAAUCCGACUUCAGAAAUCUUGGCAGUUGCUUCAGCAAAAAUGAAAGAAGCAGUCAGAUUGGUUCACCUUCCAUCCUGUACAGUGUUUUCGAAUUUCCCAGUUGUUAAUAAAAAGCAUAUUUCUCUUGUUCAUACCAUGGAUUUUUCUCCCAGAAGUGGAUAUUUUGCUUUGGGGAAUGAAAAAGGAAAAGCUAUAAUGUACAGAUUGCACCAUUAUUCGGAUUUCUAAGGAGAUUAUUUGAACUCCAGUUGAACUGUAAGAGAAACCUUUCCUGAGAUAUCUUCUCAGGAACUUGCCUGAAAGUAUGAUAGUAUGUGGAUGAUUGAGCCACUUGUACUUAUUUAAGCUAACAGAAAUAUCUUAAUAAAAUACAAAGUUU